CAUCGUCUGUCACGUUUGGUGACGUUUAUUUCAAACAAAUUCAAAAUUUUUGGUAAAGAAUUUUUCAAAAUUAUAGUGCCCCAAUGGGUUCAAAAGAUGCCGAAGAAUUUAGGGAUGCUUUACGGGAUAUCUCCGCGCAUAUGGUCAAGCUGGACUGUCCUUUUGAUAGAGUAAGAUGUGCAGAAUGGUGUCGAAAACUUGCAUCCCUUCCAGACGACAACCUGGAGUCGUCAAAGAUAAAAAACGAAUAUGCACAGUUUUUGCGAAUCCAGGUGCGCAAUAAAUGUUUACACGGACCCUACGAGCAUCCGCCUCCGGAGAAUGCCUUGUGUCCUUUAUCGGAAUGCUUGGGAAACCUUAUUUGCAAAGAGGUCCCGUUCUUACCUAAAAUGGGUCCAAUAAGUCCAGUUUUGCACCACAAGAGUCCCGACGGAAGAGCCUACGUAUCAGUAAAGCAAGUUCCAGGAGGUGGAGUACUAUGUUAUAUGGCAGUAAGCCCUGAUGGACUUGAACUUUAGCUUGUGACUUGUAUUUAAUAAAAGGGUUUAUCAGCG